AUGGCAAAGAAGCAGAGGGUCGUCAUCCUACGCGUCCCCAAGCAAAAGCUGGCCGAAAUUGCUGGAAUAAUGUUACCAAAAGAAGCCUCCACGCCCUCGUCAGAAGCACAAUCUCCCGCGCCUAUCACCAAUGACAACAUACUCCUCAAGCCAACCGAUUCGGUUGACCAGGUAUCAGAGUCCGCCUCUACUCCAGCGCCCCUUGCCGAUGGCUCAACACCUACCGAACCCGUAAAGAAGCGAAAAGGCCCGGCGCCUGGUUUCAAGCGUGGUCUCAGCCAAACAGGCGACAGCACGCCGAAGCCUAGAGGCAAGCCUGGCCCCAAGAAGAAACCCAGGAACGAAGACGGCACUAUUGAUCACAAUGCAAAGCCAACUAACGGCACUGGACCUGGUCACAAACUCGGCCCCAAGACGAACGCGGGUGCUAUUAAUGCAAAUCUAAGAGCCCUUGACCGCUCGGGCAAGCCAUGCCGCAAGUGGGUACGCAGAGCCUUUGCCGUCAAGAGCUUUACUGGCGUCAGCUGGGAUCUGCCUUCUUGGAAAGGUGGUGAGAAGCUCUUACAACUCAAUGGAGAUGACUCGAGCGAAGCCAAAGACAUCUCUCAACUGAGCAGCAGCGAAAUUAAGCCCAACAACGACAGUGAUGUCGCAAUGAGCAAUACUGGUGAGGCUCAUGCCGACCCUAUGGGUAUGUCGACACCUGCAGCCAGCUCGCCUCCACCACAAGCGCCUGCUCAGCCCACUUUCAUCGCUGCGCAAGGGUAG